AUGGCUCCAAGUGUGAAAAUUGUUGACAGCAUAGAUGGUAGUUCUGGAACGAGUUUCGAAGCUGCUUUGGGAAUGUUGGAAGCUUCAACAGUGCUUUGCAAAAGUAAAAAGAAGGAUGGUCAUUCCUCAAAUAAUUUGCUAUCAAAAAGUCGCCAGCCAAUUAAAAAAAUAGAUUCAGCAAAUGAGGAUUUGAAAUACAGAAAAAUCAAGGAGGAAAGUUCUAGAUCUAAAAAACGAGAAUCUAGCUUGAGCAAGAAGAAGACUCCUUACAAAUCAGAACAUGAUAAAGAGAAUUCCGAUCAACCUACUGGUUAUAGGAAGGAAGAUAAACCUGAAAGGAAUAUUAAGAUAAUUAUUAGAUCAUAUUCAGGGGAGGACAACCACCAUUUUGAGAAGAAGUUAGGAGAUAUAAACAAUGAAAAUUCUAAAAAGAGAAUAUCCAAAUCUCACAAAAAAAGUGUGGAAAAACACACUUUGAGUGAUUAUAAUAAUAAGAAUAAAUCCACGAAGAAAACUUCCCUCGAAAAGAAGGAUACCAGAAAACGGCAUAGAGAUCCUUCCGUAGACCCAGAAGCUAAGAAACGGAAACUUGAUCACACAAAUACAAGCAAGUGUAAAAAUGACACCAGUGAGAAUUAUAAUCCAUAUUCCAGAGGCCCGAGUGGUAAAAUAGAUUUCGACCGACUGAUAGAAUCUGGUACAGUGAGCCUUUCAGACGCUAUGGACUUGCUGUUAGACUCUGUUCCAGAGAUUGCUGAUGUAUCAUUGAACAACCAAAAACGACGAUUGGUACAAGGUCCCGAAGCUUUAAGUCGAGUUAAUGCUGCGAAACAUAAUCAAAACACACUGUAUGCAGAACAUGAAUCCGCUCCCACCAAAGUACCUAGUCUCGUCAAUAUUUGCAAUGCAUUUUUUCAAGACAAUUUGAGUUUGAUAGGGUAUACCGGUGGAGUACCAUACUCAGUCAUGAAACCCAUUUUGCAAAAGGCUACUACAGGUGAACUUUAUCGUAUCGAGUUUAACAAUCAAUAUUUGCUAAACGGACAAACAGAUGAGCUAUGGGAGCUGCAUUGCAGAAGGGACUUGCCCUACAGAAAAAAGUUGUGUUGGGAGAGUUAUAGGGAUAUGUAUAUCCGAUACGAAAUGGAGAGGCUGACAAACUUAGGAGUUUUGACAGGAAAUACAAAUAAACAGGGUUGA